UGGAUAUAGUAUGAAUGAGUCGUGUCGUUCUUCUUACAUCUUAUUCCUGUUCAGUUAUAGUUCUUACUUCAUGAACUCAUGCCUCGGCUCUCUCAUACUCUCCUGCGCAGAGCUUAUAAUAUCUCGCCUUUAUUACCAUUAGUCCUCCGAGAAACACGCAGCCUUUCAUCUGCAAUUAACGAAUUACGAUGGCUACGUGAAUAUGUUGAUAGAACGAUGAGCCAUCGUAUGCCCGAUCAAAAAUGGUGGACUUUACUAAAACUCUGCCAAAGACGUGCCGCAGGGGAACCACUGCAAUAUAUACUUGGCACUCAGCCUUUUGGGGAAUUGGAAAUUAAAUGUCAGCCUGGAGUACUUAUACCUAGGCCAGAAACAGAGGCAUACACAACACAUCUAGCAGAACUUCUCAUCAAAGCAAAGCGUCCAUCCCACAUAACAUUAGAAAAUCAGCAGAAUCCACUGAAGAUCAUUGAUUUUUGUUCCGGGACUGGUUGCAUUUCUCUUCUUUUAUACUCGCUUUUGAAUAAAGUAUAUCCUGGACUCGAGAUCAUCGGUCUAGACAUCUCUAAAAAAGCGCUUGAUUUAUCAAUUCAAAACGUCCGUUUUAAUGCUCUGAACAGAUCUGCACAGCAAAGUGUUCGUUUUGAAUUUGCUGAUAUUCUCGAAGGCGAGGAAAGAAUCCUAGAUAUAUCUCAAGGCGUCUGCGAUGUAAUUGUGUCUAAUCCCCCAUAUAUAUCAGAGGAUGGAUUUAACAAAGAAACGACACGAUCAGUUAGAAAUUGGGAACCAAAACUUGCACUGGUUCCUGAUGCAUCGAGGCGAGAAAUCAUACACUUCAAUAGUGAUUCUGGAAAUAGUUCUUUCUUCGAAGUGGAGGAUAUCUUUUAUCAUCGAUUGUUGCGAUUUCAUUCCCUUUUGAAGUCAAAAAUUCUUGUAAUGGAAAUAGGCGACGAGGCACAGGCAAGGAGAGUGGCCCAAAUGGCAAUUGGUCUAUCAGAUAGAAUUGAAAUAUGGAGGGACUGGCCAGAUAAACACGAUUCUGGAAACGAAAGUGCAGAAUGUAUGCUCCUUGACAAUCACAAAAUAGUAGUCAAAGGCAACGGGAUGCUUAGAGCUGUCGUCUUGCUCUCCAAUCAACAUUUUGAAUUAUAAAUAUCCAGGGUUACCGAUAAUAUCAUGAUCAUCAUGCGUGGAAGACAGUGCUUGGCGGGUCACAAGAUAGUAUUGGCGGUCCAAAGCCGAGACAUUCCAGAAGCAAUCUAGAAGUUCUAUGGAAUAAUCUUCUAUUGAGCGCCCCUUUUGCAUUAGCCGAAUUCCCCAAUUCAACCUUUUCAAAGCUUCCAGAGUACCAGAAAAAGCAUUCUAAGACAGCAACUACACACAUAUUCCAGCUG